GCCCAUGAGCUACACGCGAUUUAUGACCUCUUGCGGUUCCUGUUUCUUUCCUCACACACUGCUCUCUGACUGAGGGGGUUGCUUUCGCAUUAUUGCAAAAAGAAAAGGACAUGUUCAAUGUCGAAGCGAAUCUUUUUUUUUGUUUUGAAUACGUGGUCCGCAUGGAAACAACGAGCGGCUGGCAGGAAUGACAGAUCAUUGUGCGGUUUCACAUUGCGUUGGAUCUGAUGCAGUAAGAGGGGCACUAUGAGGUAACCCCAGAGGAAUGCUAUGUGUGCUUGUCCAGGUCAGAUUUCUUCCAUUGAUAAGAGAAAUGAAGACUUGAAUGUGGUCAGUGCUAUCUUGGCAAACUCGCAUACCACAAGCUGAUCAAGAACAUACAGGUUAAUGUUUGAUAACAGAAAGCCCCUAGAAACGAUCCUGUCAUCUUGCGCAGCUUCAUGUAUGUCCUGAACAUCGUCAGCACUUUAACUGUCUCCGCAUUCCUCCCUCCGCUGUGUUAAACCAGUCACAGUAUUACAAUGGACACAGAUUCCAUCCACUCUGGUUAUUCCCACCACUCCAACAGGUCACGGGGGUCAAACAAACAGAGUGAACGCAGCAGCAGGGAUCGGCACAAAUCACACAGCCGAGACAGCAGCAGCCGCUCAGACAAAAAUGUCACCAUCAGUGCAUCGUCAGCUCAGCCACAGCAGCCGGAUCAGAGCUCCGCCCCCACAGACGCCCAGGAUGACAACUGGGGCGAGACCACCACAGCGGUCACUGGAACAUCAGACCACAGCUUGUCUCAAGAGGAUUUGGCUGGCUUUGGGAAGGAGACGGAAGGUCCAGUAGAGAAAUUGAACUGUGUACGCUUCCUUCCUUUGGCCCUCACCCUCGUCCUGGGCCUGCUGGUUCUGGUCACCCCCCUGUCCUUCCUGGUGCUGCCCCAGCUGAUGUGGCCGGAGCGCCUGCAGGCUUGCGGUACCGCCUGUGAGGGCCUGUUUCUCUCGCUGGCGUUCAAGCUCCUCAUUCUGCUGCUGGCUGGCUGGGCGCUGUUUGUGCGCCCGGCGCGAGCCUCUCUGCCCCGGAUAGCAGUGUUCCGCGCCCUGCUAGGCUUGCUCACGCUCCUCCUGCUGCUCUCCUAUUGGCUGUUCUUUGGAGUACGCAUCUUGGAUUCACAGGAUGAGAACUACCAAGGCAUAGUGCAGUUUGCAGUAUCAUUGGUGGAUGCUCUUCUGUUCAUCCACUACCUGGCGGUGGUUCUGCUGGAGAUCCGACAUCUGCAGCCCUGCUUUUCUCUCUGUGUCGUGCGCUCCACCGAUGGAGAGACUCACCACUACAACCUGGGACAGCUCAGCAUUCAGCGGGCAGCCCUAGUAAUUCUUGAACACUAUUAUAAGGAUUUCUCAGUUCACAACCCUGCACUACUGACAGCUGCAAAGUCCAGGGCAGCUAAACAUCUGGCUGGGCUGAAAGUCUAUAAUGUGGAUGAGUUUAAAGCCAAACUGAAAAGCUAUCUUUUCGAUUGUGCCGGUAGCGAUGCCGCAACCGCUCAGUCUCGGGCUAAAAUAGCAGCUGCCGCCCGACAGAGAGACACCAGCCACAACGAGCUGUACUACGAGGAAGCAGAGCACGAUAGAAGGGUCCGAAAGCGCAAAGCACGGCUGGUGGUGGCAGUAGAGGAGGCGUUCACACACGUCCGACGGCUGCAGGAGGAGGAGAAAAAGAAGCCGCCGGGAGAUGAGAUGGAUCCACGUGAGGCAGCGCAGGCCAUCUUCCCCUCCAUGGCUCGAGCACUGCAGAAGUACCUGCGUACCACCCGUCAGCAGCACUGCCACAGCAUGGACAGCAUUCAGGCCCACCUGGCAUUCUGCAUUACAAACAACAUGACUCCGAAGGCAUUUCUGGAGAGUUAUCUGAUGGCUGGGCCCACACUGCAGUACACGAGGGAGUGCAGGCAGACCCGGCAGUGGACGCUGGUCAGCGAAGCGGCGGUCACCAGUCCUCUCCGUCACGGCUCUGAGUUCCAGCUCAAAUCUUCUGACUUCAGCUUAGUGGUCACCAGUAAAGCUAUCCCUCACCUCAAACUCAGUGAGGAGUACGUCCACCCCAAGUCCCACAAGUUUGUACUACAACUACAGUCCGAGACCUCCGUCUGAUGGAUUCGGUUGCUUUUGUCUGUUUGGUUUUUCUACACAUGUAAAUUUUUGGACUAGUACUAUUUUGUUUGAGAUUCUUUUUCACUUUUUCACAGUUUAUAAAUGGCAUUUUACAUAAUGGAUGUAUUUUGAUACGAUAUUUGUUAUUACCAAGAACAGAAGAGGGGGGAAAAAAAAAAACAAACAAAAAAUAUAUACUGUACAUGUAAUGUAUGUAUCUGAUUACCUUGUGCUGACUGGUGAUUGUGUGUUUGUGCUGCUUGUCUGUGUGUUAUUUUCUGCAAACAGCAAAAGCUAAUUAUUGGCUGUAAUAAGCAUCGGACUGAGGCAUCAUGGGUAAAGAUUUUGCAAGUAGACAUUGUUUAGGAUAUUUAUAUUUGCGAGACAUUUUUUUCCCGGCAUCAGGGAUGGAAUACUGUAAGACAUAGUAAGGUCAGAAACAUUGAUUAGAGAGUCAGAUUUAUCAAUAACAAUGCCACAAAAGCCAAACGUAUACACAAUAUGACGUUGGAUUUUUUGAAUUCUAUCAUUUUUAUAUGUUUGGAAAAAAAAAUGGGUAAUAUAUUGUGAGGAAAAACAGCUGUUCCUUUGUGAUUAAUAAAUUGUGAUUUGUAGUUUGCCUCUUUUUUUGUGUAUUAAUUAUAUUGUGAAUAAGGUUAUUUUUAAGUGCGUGUGCAUCAUCAUUAAAGCAGAGACUUGUGUUUGUAAAAUACAAGCCCAUUAGUGCUGCCUAAAACAUUUAUAAUCCUUGCUAUUGACUGCGUUUUUGUCCAAGCUUGACAUUUUUUGCUUAUGGAGCAAAAAAGGGAAAAAACUGUAAUGCCUUUUUUUUUUUACCGCUCUAGUGAAGUUUUCCACUGAAGAUAAUAUAUGAUUUUUAUUAUUAUUAUUUUGUUUUGUAUUUAAUGAUGAAGAACAAUUAUGUUUUAUAUUAUUAUUAUUAUUUUCUAGCAAUGUUGCAGCAUAUAUUUGUCCAUUGCGCAUUGUGAGUUCUGUAAGCCCAUUCCAUUCGGUUUGUCAGGAAUUAUCAACAAUUUAUGCCAUAAACUGUUACAAGCCAGAAACCUACAAAACAUUUAAUUAUGUGUUAAUGUUCUGUUUAUAAAGGUGAAAUAUUGCAGAAUUAUUUUACAGAAGAAGCUGUUUGUAUCAAUAGAGAGCAACUCUUAACUAAAACGUAAACUUAAAGUUCAAUGUAAAAAAUGUUUCUUUAAAGAAUCAAUGCUUUGCUUCAUUGUGUCAAUGUAAUGCAAACCCUUUGGAAGACAUAGCUAGUGAAAAUCUAAUUUCUUUGGGCAAAAACGUAUAAAAUAAACCAGAUUUCACACUUCA